UUUUUCAUACAUCCUCUAAUGCAUAUUUUUGUGGUUUUUCGUAUAUAUGUAAUUCACACCCCUGUUUAUAACGUUAGUAUAUGUACAUAUGUUUACGACUCUCACUUAGACGACACCUCUCGUCAAAUUUUUGACUUUAAACUGGGUAUACCGUACUAGAACGGGUAGGAUCUCAUUUGUUUGUUGCCCUUCUGGUUGAAAAUUUUAUGUUAACAUUGGGGUGUAGUUCAAGCGAGGUGUUUUACAAGCGAACCCCCUCCUCAAACUUUAUUAAAUUUUACAACUAAAAUGUGUAGGCUUCCAUUUUGGAGAAACUGAACCUCCCCAAAAUUUGUUUAAAUAAACUAGCAGAUGUUCGUAAAUCAAGUGGUCGUUGAUCGCUAAACCAAAAAAAUUUUUUUGGAAAAUUAAUUUGAAUUUUGCCGGCUAAAUUUAAUUUUGCCGGCUAAAUUUAAUUUUGCCGGCUAAAUUGAAUUUGGACUGAAAUUGAAUUUUGCCGGCCAAAUUUAAAUUUUGCCGGUUAAGAAUUUUGCCGGCCAAAUUUAAAUUUUGCCGGCUAAAUUGAAUUUGGACUGAAAUUGAAUUUUUAAAAAUUUUACUAAUUUUUAAUUAAACAGAUUUAUUUAUUUACUUUCAUUCGGAAAAAAUUUCUUGACUCUUUAUCAUUACAAUAUUUAUUUUUUAAAUGUUGCUAAUUUAUCGAAUGUUUUAUUGUUCGUCGUUUGUCAUCAAUCUUUUGUUGUUCAGCAUAUUUUUUGACAACAAAGGGGUGGAAGGGUUUGUCAGAGAUCGAUUCAAUAGUUCAUUACAACAACAGAGUGAUGAAGAGAUUAUAGACAACAGCAACAAUUAUCUGGCCACUUCAAAUGCACUUACUGAUAACGAUCAAGAGAAGAAUUUGCCAGAAUUUUUCGAUAAAUUUGGCAAAAUUGGUGUUAAUUAUGAUUUGGAUGUAAAUGACACUGAGCCUGCAUUGAAAAAUAAACCCUUUAUUUAUUGCCAGAAAUAUGAACAAAAUUCGUGUGCUUCUAAAAAUCCCGAAGAUUGCACAGAAACCGUAAAGUGUUAUGCUUCGAUAAAUACACAUUUAUUGGCUUGUAUGGCCGUCAGUUUAUACACCAUAAAUGAAAAUGGAACCUUUCAUGAGAUACCAAGCAUUAAAAGUUGUUGGUCUCAAGGUGCUAGUGAACUACGCGAAUGUCGUUCUGAAGAUGAAUGUGUGGUCGAUACGAGAAGGACCGGAACUAUAGGUUUGUCAGCCAAAUUCUGUUGUUGUCGAACACACAAUUGCAAUUCAAAAUUUACUUUCAAACCCCAACCAGAUUAUGAAGAUGAGGAAGAAGAUAAUGAAAUUGUCAAGUUGCUAGCAAACCAACAACAAACACUUCCCCCAUCCCAACCAACAUUCCACCAACAACUACAAAAUUACCAUUUGGCAUUAUUCAUUGUUGGAAUGCUUCUUUUAAUUCUUUUGUUCAUAACAAUUUCAAUUUCAUGUUUUGCUAUUAGUCAAAAACUUAGAAAAAAAAUUACAAAAAAAGGGAUUAAACAAAUUAGACCAAUAAGCAAUGGAAUGAACAGUAGAGAACCUUUAAUUGGUGGGGAGGUUACGUUGAGUGAUGGAACUAGGUUGAAGUUGACUGAGAUGGAAAUUACUGAAAAAAUUGCCGAGGGACGUUUUGGCCAAGUCUAUAAAGCAAGAAUUGGAGAUAGAUUUUUGGCUGUAAAACAAUUUGUGGAUAAUGGAGAGGAUAGUUGGACUAAUGAAAUGGAUAUUCAUUCAAUGAAAUCAAUUUCAAAAAAUGAUAAUAUUGCCGAAUUUCUUGGUGGAUUUUAUUUUGAAAAGAAAUAUAUGCUAUUAAUUAAAUUUUAUUCAAAAUGUUCUCUUUUUGAUUAUUUGAAGGAGAAUACAGUAACAUUGCUUCAAUCGUUAAGAAUGAUUUCGUCAAUGCUUUGUGGACUUGCUUUUUUGCACGAAGAAAUACCAAAUGGACUUGAUCCUAAGCCAACAAUUGUUAGUUUUCAUAGUCAAACCUCACUAUAA